AUGGCAACAUCACAGCCGGACAACGGCAAGGCCGCAGCCGCGCCCACAUCCUCAGCGAAUGUGGAAGAGACACCAUCUCUGCCGCAAGAGGCGGCACCAGUGGAAGCAGUGGAUGGAGAAGCAUCAACGUCCUCUGCAGGUGCAGCGCCUGCAAGUCAAGAAGAGCAAGGCUCCGCGGAACUAGCAUCAGUACCUGCAACCACUGCGGGUCCAUCUGCAGCGACGGAGCACGACCCUGCUCCGAUCCAACCUCCCAUUCAGCCUGAGAGCGAUUUUGACGAGUCAGACUCGGCGUAUGGCGAUUCAGACCACUUGAGCGACACCACGUCCAUUCCGUCAGCCAUCUGGAAACAUCGUUAUGAGAAUGGUCGACGAUACCACAAGUUCCGAGAGGGGGAGUACUGGGGACCAAAUGACGAGAUCCAAAACGAUCAACUCGACAUUGCCCACCACAUGUUCCUGAUCUUGUUAGACAACAAGCUCCACCUGGCGCCCAUUGCGAACCCGCAAAGAAUCCUAGACCUCGGAUGCGGCACCGGGAUCUGGUGCAUGGACAUGGCCGACGAACACCCCGGCGCCGACAUCAUCGGCGUAGACCUCUCCCCCAUCCAACCCUCCUUCACGCCCCCCAACUGCAAAUUCGAAAUCGACGACGUAACCUCCCCCUGGACAUUUCCCGAGAACCACUUCGACCUGAUCAACAUCCGCUCCCUCUACGGCUCCAUCGCCAGCUGGCCCGCACUGUACGCCCAGGCCUUUGCCCACCUGCAGCCCGGCGGGUACCUGCACGACGUGGAGAUGAGCAUCCAAUUCAAGUCCGACGACGGCACGCUAGCGCCAGACCACGUGCUCUCGCAGUGGUCCGACGUGUUCCACGAAGCCUCGACGCGCUUCGGCAAAUCCUUCUACGAGGUCUGGAACCUCUCCACGUACGCAAAGCACGCCGGCUUCGUCGACGUCCUCGAAAACGUGUACAAGGUCCCCGUGAAUGGCUGGCCGGCUGACCCGCGCAUGAAGGAGCUGGGCCGCUGGAACUUCCUCCACUGCACGCAGGGCGCUGAGGGCUGGGGGUUGUUUCUGCUGACCAAAGUCAUGGGCUGGAGUGUGGACGAGGCCCAGGUUUUCAUUGCCAAGUUUCGGAGUGGUCUGAAGGAGAGGAGAGUCCAUGCGUAUUUUGAGGUGGUGCAGUUUAGCGCGCGGAAGCCUAUGGUUUGA